CUAGACUCAGGCAGUCUGCUUGCUUCAGCCUCUCAAAGUGCUGGGAUUAUAGGCAUGAGCCAUGGAACCCGAGCUAUUAAUACAAACUUAUAUGCUUCCUUGUAAAGCUUGGUCGCUGAGACUCUGUGGCUGUUCCUGAAGCUCCCUGGACAGUGACAGUCAAAGGGUUUUCUGGUUUAUCUUUUUAUUGUGAAUAAUGUGUGGAAUUUCCCAAAAUGUGUUCCUUAGUGUGUGGUCCUGCAGGACAUUGAUGGUUAUUCAGGUGUAUGUCUGAUGCAGACUAACUGGCCACAAUUUGUCUUUCUCACAUGGCAGCCCAAAAGACUGCUUUCAGGGAGAGAAGUUGUCAAAAACAGUACAGAGCCUAGUCGAGCAGCUGUCCCCCAGCAGGACUCUGGUCCCUGAAAUGAAAUUGCUUCAGAAAGUUGGCUUGGUGUAAGGAAUUAAGAGGAGAAUUUUAGGGGCAUCUACAAUGGUCUGAUGGUCAUUCGAAUGGUUUCUGCCUUCCAUCUAUGGCAGUGUGUUUCAUACUGGCUUGGGGCCCAUUAAUUGUGAUAUAACCUGACUAUAUCACAACCAGCAUUUUUGUUUUCUAAACUUUCGAUUUUGAGAUAACUGUAGAUUUAAAUACGGUUGUAAGAAACAAUACAGAGAGAUCCUGUAUACCUUCCACUUGGUUCCCCCACCAUGCUAACAUCUUGUAUAAUUGUGUAGCAUCACAGCCAAGAAAAGGUCAUUGGUAUAGUCCACCCACCUUCUUCAGAUUUGGCCAGUUUUACCUGCACUGUGUGUGGUGUACAUCUGUGCAUUGUUGUCAUAUGUGUAGCUUUAUGUGACACCAGCAUUUUUAAGCAACUGAAUAGUAUCGGAGUGCAUCACAUCUGUUAAGGGUAAGUGUUGAUUUGGAAACAUAUUAGUUACAUAUGCACAUCAUGCCUGGCUUGUAGAAAUGUCUUUUGACUGUGGGUCACAGUGGAGAAUUUUGAAAACCACAGGUCGUUGAGUCAUCAGACUUCAUUUUCAUUUCACUAAAAUGGGCUGCUAGAGAGCUCAGGGUACUCUGAUAGUUCUAAUUGGCUGCUCAGGGUGCCCCUGACCACUUCUGGUACUUGGAAAACCUAGAUUAAUUGGAUAUAUUGACAGCAACGUAUGCAUGCCUUACCUCAUGAGUUAUUUAAGGGGUUUUCUGGUGUAAUUUUGACUAUAAGCAGUUUUUGCUCUUUUUUUAUUUUAAUUUUAGUUUUUAGAGACAGGGUCUCACUGUGUUGCCGAGGCUGUACUCAAGCUCCUGACCUCCGGAGUAGCUGGGACUAUAGGCACCUGCCACCAUGCCCAGUUGAGUUUUUGCUUUCUUCCUUAGUAGAACAUAACUAAUGUUGGAGCUCACUGUACUCUGUUGCCAGUAGCAGGAAUCCGAUUUCUGGUAGGUACUGUAGAUGGCAGAACCAAGGUUGCUUAGAAGAUAAGGAGUUAGGAGAAAAAUGAAAAGGCAUAAAUAUUUUCUACAGCAGUAAAUCCUAAGGAAGUAACUAGUUCCAAGACACUUUGUCAACAUUAAAAAUCCAUAGUGCAGGCUGAGCACAGUGGCUUACACCUGUAAUUGUAGCACUUUGUGAGGAUGAGGAAGGAGGACUGCUUGAGCCCAGGUUCAAGACCAGCCUGGGUAACAGACUCCUCCAUCUCUAUAAAAAAAUAAAUCUGGCCGGGCGUGGUGGCUCACACCUGUAAUCCCAGCACUUUGGGAGGCCAAGGCGGGUGAAGCACCUGAGGUCAGGUUGAGACCAGCCUGGCCAACACGGUGCAACUCCAUCUCUACUAAAAAUACAAAAAUUAGCUGGGCAUGGUGGCGGGUGCUUGUAAUCCCAGCUACUCGGGAGGCGGAGACAGGAGAAUCACUUGAACCCAGGAGGCGGAGGUUGCAGUGAGCCAAGAUCAUGCCAUUGCACUCCAGCUUGGACGACAAGAGCAAAACUCUCCAAUAAAUAAUCUCACCAAUAAAUAAAUCUGUCGUGCAGCCUGGACAACAUGGCGAGACCCUGCCUCUACAAAAAAUAAAAAUUGGCUGGAUGUGGUGGUGCAUGCCUGUGGUCCCAGCUACUCAAGAGGCUGAGACAGGAGGAUUGCUUGAGUCCCUGAAGGUCAAGCCUGCAAUGAGCUGUGUGUGCCUCUCCACCCUGGGCAACAGAGUGAGACCCUGUCUCAGAAAAAAAAAAAAUCCAUACUGGUGUAAACCCCUGUCCAGAUUGACUCUUCUCUUAACAAGGACACACUUGGUGUUAGUACGGAUCUAGCCUCAAAGACCCUCCUCACAGAUGAAGCAGCCCACUGUGACCAGUUGAGGCCUUAGGACCGCAGGAAGAACAUCUCAGGAUGAGGGUCAAGCACACUGAGAGUGUGGGCUGGGAAAAGGGGAUCUAGUUGUUUCUUCCUAGUCUCAGGAAGCCAGUGCCCCAAGGGUUCACACCUGGGAGGUGCAGGUGUCCUUGGAUAUGGGCUGUAGAACAGUUUGAAUCCAGGUGCUGCCAUCCAGUAGCUGUGUGACAGGGCUCUUAAUCUGAGCCCUGGUAACCUCAUUUAAAUUGGACAUUUACCUGAGGAUUUGUAAAAGGAAAAGAGAAUAAAUGUCUCUUACAUGGUAAGCAUUAUGAUGCCUGUAAUUAUAAUGUCCUUAAUGAAUCUUGGUUCCCUUUAUACACCCAAGGGGAUCAGAAGUGACAGGCUGCCGCCCCAGCAAAGUCCCGCAGAAGCCAACCCUCGUUCGGUGCUUGGGGUUUCCCAGGCUUUCCCCAAGAGACGGAGUCUCACCACGUUGCCCAGGCCUCGGCCUCUUAAAGUGCUGGGAUUACAGGCAUGAGUGUGAAGUGAACAGCGGCUCAGGGAGGCCAACCAGGGUCCAAGAAACCCCGUCCCUGCUGCCUCCACUGGUCCAAAGCUGGUACCCCCAGCCAGCAUGACACUCAUGUCCCAGACAUUGUGAGUCAACAGAGAGAAAUUCAGAUAGCUAAGAGAAUGGAAACGGACAAAGGAGGCACAGGAGGAUUCUGUGCCAGAGUCUGGAUUGGUCACCCCCGUUCAGGUUCUGCCUGAGGAAAGGAGAAUGGGGUCCGGGCACAGUCAGCUGGACAGAGCAUCUGAAGACGGCUUGCACCAGAGCCCUCGUGGCUGAAGGAAGAAGCCAGGGAGUGAGUCAGCCCCAGGGCUUGAUGGAACAGACAGGAACUAGAUGAUCUAGUAAGGGAGAAGCGAGGCUGAGCAAGAGACAGCCCAGGCUCCCUGGCUGCCACUGCCUAAUCUGUCCCCCUUCACACAUCCCACACACAGUGUUUAGACAGAGCAGCAGAGAAGAAACAGACAUCCUGGAUCCCGCGGGGAGCAGGCCAGGGCUGGGAACAGGAGGUCUGUUUAUUCCUGGCAGUCCCAUAUCAGAAGGGUCCCACACCCACUUCUGUCCAGGCCCCAGGCUGAACUCUCCCAGAGCCUGUGACUUCUGCCCCACCAUAUCACGUGGUUCUGAGGGCCGGCCCUGGAACCCUGCGUCCUCCGCACCCACCAGCUCCCUCGAGGAUGGAUUUGAGGCUGGAUGCUUUCGUCUUCCCACUUUUUGUCCCAACAGAAGUCCCUCCUCUUCAGGAUCCCUGACUGACUGUGCAGAGCUGGCAGAGCCACACUCCGCGGACCUCCAGCCCUUCGGGCCCAGCUGUCCUGGAGAGCACGGAAGUCCCUUUGCUCCAUUUACUUCUUCAGCCAGGAAGUGUUUCCUAAUGUCUCACCCCCAGCUCCAGCUUUCCUGCUGCAGUUUCCGCCUGUUCCCUCCCAUUUCAGGCCUUAAGGGAGUGUGGCUGGGCUUCUCUCCUCCCCCUCACUCCAAAGCCACCCUUGAUAUAAGGUGGAAAUUGAGGCACCACUCCUCCUGGCUUCCCAGCCUUGAACUUGCCCUUCCCUCUCAGUGUACCUGGUUUCCUCAGUUUCCCUGUGCAGCAAAAGUGUCACUCCCCUCUUGCUUUUCCUAAGCUCCCCAUGUGCCUCUCUCAGCGGAUCUGUCUUAGAGGGGCCAGGUGCAGAGAAAGGCAAAAAUCCUAAUAAUGUUCCUAGCGAUCGCUGCCUGUCACGGAGUGCUGAAGGACCAAGUGCUGAUCUGAGUCCUCAUCACACGGGACCUCAUUUAGUCUCACUGAUAGGUGAGUACAACUAUGGGCCCCAUUUUACAGAUGAGGAAACUAAGGCAAGAGAACUUUAGUCAUUUGCCCAAGUUCACCAGCUUUUAAAAGGAUCCAGACAGCUCUGAUUCCAGCGCCAGCUCAUGCCUCUUCAUCAUGGGGGAGGAAAGAGAGGGAGUCGUUUGUUGGAGCAAACCCCCACCCAUCAAGGGCCAAGCCACUGGCGUAUAUGCAGCCAUAUGUGUUAUCCUGUGAUAUGCCCCACCACGACCUUAAUUAGAGGUGGUUUAUCUUGUUCCCAUUUUAACACAGGCAAAAACUGAGGCCCAGUAGUACCUUACCCAGGGUCACAUCCCCAGAGCCUUUUGUCCCUCAUAGUUCAGAACUUAGAAAGCAGUUGAGAAAAGUAUGGAAUGACCCCAGAUUCAGGAAGGCAAGUCUGGCCUUAUAAACUGAAAGGCCCAUCAGAUGAUGGGAUGGGGAAGUGAAGAUCCUCAGGCCCCAAACGCCCGCCACUGCCGCCACCACACACGGAAGUGUAGAGGGAGCCUGGUGUACUGUCAACUGACUGGCCAGUCCAGGGACUUAAAUGUAAAUGCAUCAGCUGAGGCGAGAAGUCAGGAGGGCCAGGACACCAGACAUGGUCCAAACCCCUGCAGGUCUGGCUGCAGCAACUCCCUGACACUCAGGAAGGCCCAGGCUGGGCAGGCAAUACCUGCUCCCAACAGCCAUGCAUGCCAGCUGCCACUCCAGGACUCCCCUGUCCUCAGGACCGAGAUGACGCCCAACAGCACUGGCGAGGUGCCCAGCCCCAUUCCCAAGGGGGUUCUGGGGCUCUCCCUGGCCCUGGCAAGCCUCAUCGUCACGGCGAACCUGCUGCUAGCCCUGGGCAUUGCCUGGGACCGCCAUCUGCGCAGCCCGCCUGCUGGCUGCUUCUUCCUGAGCCUGCUGCUGGCUGGGUUGCUCACGGGUCUGGCAUUGCCCACGUUGCCAGGGCUGUGGAACCAGAGUCGCCGGGGUUACUGGUCCUGCCUCCUCCUCUACUUGGCUCCCAACUUCUCCUUCCUCUCCCUGCUCGCCAACCUCCUGCUGGUGCAUGGGGAGCGCUACAUAGCAGUCCUGAGGCCACUCCAGCCCCCUGGGAGCACUCGGCUGGCCCUGCUCCUCACCUGGGCUGGCCCCCUGCUCUUUGCCAGUCUGCCCGCUCUGGGGUGGAACCACUGGACCCCUGGUGCCAACUGCAGUUCCCAGGCUAUCUUCCCAGCCCCCUACCUCUACCUCGAAGUCUAUGGGCUUCUGCUGCCCGCUGUGGGUGCUGCUGCCUUCCUCUCUGUCCGCGUGCUGGUCACUGCCCACCGCCAGCUGCAGGACAUCCGCCGGUUAGAGCGGGCAGUGUGCCGCGAGGAGCCCUCGGCCCUGGCCCGGGCCCUUACCUGGAGGCAGGCAAGGGCGCAGGCUGGAGCCAUGCUGCUCUUCGGGCUGUGCUGGGGGCCCUAUGUGGCCACACUGCUCCUCUCAGUCCUGGCCUAUGAGCAGCGCCCACCACUGGGGCCUGGGACUCUGUUGUCCCUCAUCUCCUUGGGAAGUGCCAGUGCAGCGGCAGUGCCUGUGGCCAUGGGGCUGGGCGAUCAGCGCUACACAGCCCCCUGGAGGGCAGCCGCCCAAAGGUGCCUGCAGGGGCUGCGGGGAAGAGCCUUCCGGGACAGUCCCGGCCCCAGCACUGCCUACCACCCAAGCAGCCAAAGCAGCGUGGACCUGGACUUGAACUAAAGGAAGGGCCUCUGCUGACUCCUACCAGAGCAUCCAUCCAGCUCAGCCACCCAGCCUGUCUCCACUGGGCCCCACUUCUCUGGAUCAGAGACCCUGCCUCUAUUUGACCCCACACUGACUGAAUAAAGCUCCUCUGGCUGUUUA